GAACGUCAUUGCGUUGUACCGACGUAGACUGACGUAGACAGACGUUUUACACAUCAGUCUCUCACUGCUGAAUGUUUAUUGUUUGAGGUAGUUAACGUUAGAGCUGCAGUCAACAGCAGGUAGGAUGUUGCGGCUUCGCUGUAAGACCAAAAAUGGGAGCCACAUAAUGCAGGGCUUGACUCAUCAGUCCUGUGUGCAAGAGCUAAAGAGCAAGGUGGAGGAGCUGACUGGUAUCCCCUGUGAUGUGCAGAAAAUUAUGGUUGGUUAUCCACCCUCCAGCCUUGAUCUUAAAAAUGGAGAUGCUCACCUCAAAGACUACCCCAUCAAAUCCGGAGACACACUCAUUGUUGAGGAAGAAAAAAACAAGCCAAAGCCUCCUCAGGAUCACCCCACGGUGACUAAAGCACCACGCCUGGAAGCCUCACCCAUGCUGGCGCGUCGAGUGGUCCCAGCUGACAACUCCUGCCUCUUCACCAGUGUGUAUUAUGUGGUGGAAGGCGGUGUGUAUGACCCUGCUUGUGCCCCUGAGAUGCGAGGCCUCAUCGCCCAGAUUGUGUCAAGUGAUCCCGCAGCUUACUCAGAAGCGGUGCUAGGAAAGACCAAUGAGGAGUACUGCACUUGGAUAAGGCGUGACGACACCUGGGGGGGAGCCAUCGAGGUGUCUAUCCUGUCCAAGUUUUACAAAUGUGAGAUCUGUGUGGUGGACACUCAGACAGUCCGAGUGGAUCGGUUUGGGGAGGAUGCUGGCUACCACAAACGCGUGCUGCUCAUCUACGACGGCAUCCACUAUGACCCACUGCAGAAAGAAACGCCCGGCUCUGACACACCGCCCCAUACUAUCUUCUCAACCACUGACGACGUAAUCCUGGCACAGGCCCUCGAGCUGGCAGAUGAGGCUCGCCGCAAGCGGCAAUUCACAGACGUUAAUCGUUUUGCAUUGCGCUGCAUGGUGUGCCAGACAGGCCUGGUGGGACAAAAGGAAGCUCGUGAGCAUGCCAAGGAGACGGGCCACACCAAUUUUGGCGAAGUGUGAACACUGUUUUGUCUUUUCUCCCUCUCACAAAUACAACUAUUCUGUCAAUCUGCUUGUGUGAUCCUCUACCUCACAUUGUCCAGCAACAUCUAUGGAGAAUCUGCAGACACUGUGUGCAGCCUCUAACCUGUUCAGUAUUACUUUCUAACUGCUGAAAGUUCUCAGUCAGAAAUGCUACUGCAGCGCUCCGAUGUCUUCAAACCGUCAUUUUAGUCUGUUAGGGAUGGUUCCAAAUGUGUUUUAACUGGGUCAAGUAAAAUAUGCAAACCAUUCUUAGGAUUUGUCUUAUUCUCUUUCGAUAACUCGAUGGCUGGGUUGUAUUGAUAACAAACCAAAUAGUGGCUGAUGUGUUGUCAAUUAGAAAAUGCAUCAAAUAGCCAUUAUUUACCUGUGACUGACUAAACGUAUACUUGUUAAAACCCUGCUAUUUGGCUCUAGAAGAAGUUUAAAACGACCACUGAGAAUUAUUUGCACUACGAUGUGAUCCUAUUCACUGUUGUCUUAAGCGCGGCACACAAAGUGACUGUUAUUCAUCAUGUUGGUUAUGUAGCAUGUUUUUUAUUUCUCUUCCAAUACUAAAAAACUGAUAAUUAAGUUCAUGUAGAUGUCCAAAUUGUUCAGUACAGCACAGUCGGGCUGUGUUAAUACUAAGCUGGAUUCAUUUUUAUACGUGACAUCUCUUUGAAUUUACUGAGCGGUGGCCAUUGAGAUUGAUGUUAUGCAUUUUAAAAUACAAUAUGUGAGAAAUUGUGAUCCAAAUUAACCUAAUUCCUUAUGUGGGAAUUUUAAUUUUUUUCCCCUGCUUUUUUUUGAUGUUGCAACAUGGUUUAUCAGUGAUCUUAUUUUAGAUUUGACAGAAGAAAUAAUGGUGCUGAAAACAAAGUCUGUAGCUCUUAGUUUUUUCUUCAUGGGUACGGCAGUUUUUCAGGAGUGUAAUUUUUAAUUCUAGUGUGUAAUUUUCAAAUGUCAUGCUGAAAUCUUUUAAAAAAUUGUGUUUUUGUUUUAUAUGGCUGCAUAUUUAAAAAAGAAAAACAACACUUUAAGCAGGAUGAGGGGUUUGAGCGUUGUAUUUCAGAACACAAGUUAUGGUGAGAGGGGAGUGUAGUGACUAGAAAUCUGAAACGAGUGAGUGCAAGACAUGCUGUAUAACCUGCUCACUUAAUGCAUUUACAGUACUGUUUAGGUACAGUCCAUACAUUAUAUGUUUAGCUAAGCAGAAAUGCUGUGAAUGCUUAUUCAGCAUUAACCAUUUACCUUUGCAAUUUUAAUUUUUCAGUUGACAUUUGCAGCCCAAAAGUAUCUUUAGUCAGGGUGUUUGAAAACAAUGAGUUAAAGUCCAUUUUGGUUUAAUAUGUAGUGCAUGUUGGCCAAAACAAAAAGCGCCAUUCUGUUUCACUGUAUGUUUUGCACAACUGGAGCAUGUUCUCACAUUUUCAGCUUAAGUUAGAAGUCAUCUCUAUGCUAAUUCCUUUAAUACUAUACUCACUGCCGAGAAGGAUGAAGCACACACUUUUUUAUGUUGAACCACAGCUCAAAAAUGUUACAUUGGCCAUUAAGAUAGUUGUGGGAUUAGUUUUUUUCCUUAAAGGCCGGUUUAUUGUGGCUUCAUGUUGUGCAGAACCAUUAUUUCUACUUCACAUAUAUAUGGUGGCAAUAUUUGUACGGAGUUGUUGCCAAAAAAAUGGAGUUUGACAGUGAACGACUUGAUUGGGGCUUCUUUCUUUUGUUGAUUUGUCUUGUUUUAGACUCAGAGAACAAAAGGCAUAGCUAAAAUGUAAUUUCUUUAUUUGAAUGUGAAUUACUAUGAGUUCCCCCUUCAUUUGUUACCUAUUAGGUAGUUUAUUUUAACAUUGAAUAUGGAUUAGUCAGCUUGCAUAAAAGUAAAACUAUGAAAUGGCUUUAUUGUAUUUUAUAUUUACCAAGUUCUCAUGACUCAAGGACAAUAACAAUGAAUGUUGCACACAAAGCACUACAGAAUAACUGGAUUUACUUGAUUUUUUUUUUUCAGUGUUGUGUCACAAUUAAAAGUUAUAGCCGAUG